AUGGAGAUCAAAGACUGGGUGAGCUAUGAAAAGCCCUUGGCAAUGAAAGGUCCGGCCAAGUACCGAGACAAGUACAAGUAUUGCCAUUUCCAUGAAUAUAUAGGCCAUGACAUCAAUGCUACAGCCUCAAGAGGUUAUUGGAAUAAAUUGGCUGCAAAGGGAUUGCUGAAAUUUUAUGUUUUGAAGUCCAAGGUGACUCUGCAAACUGACCCCAAGCAGUUGUCGAAGAAAGCAGCCAAAGCUGGCAGUGGUUCGGACACUGAUCAGGACAUGAUCUGCACAGGCGGAUUUGCUUCAGGCGGCCCAACUAUUAGAGGCACCAAGGAUCAUGUCAGAAAAAUGGUCAACUCAGUUGACGAAGGCCAAACGUCUGCCAACACAUUUCUUCAGUUUGUCAUCUCUAAAAAGGACCGGGGCAAGGUCUGCCGGUCGCAUGAAGACUCCAUAGUUAUUGAAUUCAAGGUGGGUAACCAAAAGGUUGGUCGGAUCCUCAUUGAUACCGGCAUUUCGUCUGACAUAAUUAGUUGGCAAUGUUUGUCAAAGCUGAGAUACAACCUAGACAGCAUGCACAAGGUCUCUUCUUCCCUGGUUGGUUUUGGGGGUGGAGUUGUGUACCUAGUUGGCCUCAUUGAUCUACCUUUCCGGUUAGGAGAGAAGGGAGAAGGGCGGCACAUGGUCGUCCGGUUCUUGGUAGAUGAAGAGAUGACCGCCUAUAAUCUCAUCUUAGGCCGUCCGACUUUAAAUGAAUCCAAGGCCGUCAUUAUCCACUCCCUCAUUUUGUUGAAAUUUGAGAAGGAUGAUGGCUCUUUUGUCUCCUUGAACGGAGAUCAGAAGACGGCUUGA